GCUCAAAAACCGAUGGGACUUCUUGAAGACAGAAUAUGGUCAUUGGGCGACCUCCACACAGGCUGCAACUGGGCAGCAAUGGGAUAUCAAUUUUGGAACAGUAGAUGCCGACAAUGAAUGGUGAGUGAAGCUCAUCGAGGCCCACCCAGAAUAUUUAAAGUGUCGGAGCACCAGAAAAACCUUGCUGAGCUUACCACCAUGUUUGACAAGACUCAUGUGACGAUUGCAACUUCUGCGAUCCUAGGUGAGCAUAUAGAAGACCCCACUGCUCUCUUUGAGGUUGAGGAUGACAACAAUUAUCUGGAACUGGAAGACAACAAUGAUCUGGAAAGCAACAAGGCACCUGGCCAGAAAACAAAGGAAGUUGAAAAGCAGAGGGCUGCUGCCAUUGCUGCUAGUCCAAAGAAGAAACGAAAGCAACAAAAGAACCCUAAGGUUCAGGAGUCCAGGCAUCUGGCAAACAUAAUGGCUGGUAGCACUUCGGUGACAUAUUCUACUGAUGUUCCAAGAGGCCAUGGGAUUAAAGACGUCAUCAAGUUGGCUGUGCAAUCUGGGGCGAAGGAAUGCAGCGAUCUGUUCUUCAUGGCCACCAAGCUUUUCAUGAAUGUGGAUUAUAGAGAAAUGUUUAGUGCUUUGGAGACCAAUGAAGGAAGGCUCGAUUGGCUGAACAGGAUGCAUGAAGAGAUGAAGAAGAAUUAAUGUAUUUGCUUCUCUCUUAACACUAAUCUUUUUCCGAGAUGUGAGGAUAAGACUCAUUUUCCCACACUUCCGGAAUUAAAGUAGAAGUGAGACUCGAAUCUCAGUGGGUUGGUUUGCAACCUUGUAUGCCCACUGCUAAUUAGAGUUCUCGUGUGAAGUACUAAUCCGACAUUAUUAUGAACUCACUUUUUGGUGAUUAUGUGAUAUCUGGAUGGUAGGAUUGCUUCAUGUUUUACAGUAUACUAGCCUUUACUGUCUUCUGAAGUGCAGAUUUUUUUAAAGCAGAACCAGUUGGCUCUAGGUAACUGUACUGUUCAUCUACUGCACAUAAGUUAAUUUUUCAUCCAUCAUAAUUUGGAAAAAUCUGGUUAUUUCUUCAUUGUUUAGCCUGAGAAGCUACUUUUGACGAAUUAAAGUUGACAGUCGAGAUAUUACCUUGAUAGGCAAAGCAUUUUUGUAGUCUUUAUAGAGUCAAUUAUAUCUCCCAAAUUGAUGGUGUUUUCAUCUCUUGAUAACAAUUUGUAGUCGUGUUGAUUAGUUACCAGGUUUCUCAUGUUCUUGUGC